ACCAAAUAUGGAAAAUUGCUACUUAUAGUAACUCCCAUCUUUUUAUGCAAUACCCUAAUUCUAGCCUCCUCCUUUCCUAAAGAAAACCCAUUCCUAUAUAUACACAAAAUCUAAAUAUAUAUAUAUAGAUGUACAAAGCCUUACUACUUCUUCCUCUGUUUUAGAUUGUUACAGAGCAGAACAGAUUGAAAGAUGGGGAGAGGGAGGAUUGAGAUUAAGAAGAUUGAGAAUGUGAACAGUCGUCAAGUCACUUUCUCCAAAAGACGUAACGGGUUGAUGAAGAAGGCCAAAGAGCUUUCGAUCCUCUGCGACGCGGAGGUUGCUCUCAUCAUCUUCUCCAGCACCGGCAAGGUUUACGAUUUCUCCAGCGGCUGUAUGGAGCAAACUCUUUCUAGAUAUGGAUGCAAUGCUGAAACGGCUGAUCAUAAACAAAGAGAAGAACAACAGCUUUUACUUUGUUCUUCUUCACAUGAAAAUGGUGCUGUGUUUCAAAAAGAUGAGUCUACGAAGAGCGAGCUUGAGAGACUACAGCUUGCAAUUGAGAGACUGAAGGGUAAGGAGCUUGAGGGUAUGAGUUUCUCGGAUCUUAUUUCUCUUGAAAGCCAGUUGAAUGAUAGUUUGCAUAGUGUCAAGAAUCAAAAGACACAACUCUUGCUUAACCAGGUAGAAAGAUCCAGGUUACAGGAGAAAAGAGCAUUGGAAGAGAACCAACUCUUGCGCAAACAGGUAGAGAUGUUGGGGAGAGGUUCAUCAGGACCAAAAGGGUUGAGUGAAAUACCUCAAUUCUCUAGCCCACAAGCAGAGCACGAGAGCUCUUCAUCAGAUGAUGACGAUAAUGACAAUGAGGACCACCAUUCUGACACUUCCUUGCAGCUGGGGUUGUCAUGGUCGGGGUAUUGUAGAAAGAUAAAGAAGCCUAAGAUCGAAUCUCCCUGCGAUAACUCUGGAAGUCAAGUGGCUUCUGGUUGAUGGAAUGAGUGAUUGUUCUCUCAAGUAUGGUGUUUAGUAAAGAGGUUUUAUUGUGUAUUCUCCUUGUUUCUGGCUGUUCUUUUGGUUUUACCUGGUAUCAAAUUAGAGUUUGCUUUAUGUUUUAGAUGAACCAUUUACCUUGAAUCAAAAAGGGUUUGAUUGAUCAAAUUUCAAAUAACAUUAGUUUUUAGUUCCCAACACGUACAGCACUACACACCGUACAUGACAUAAAUUUACAUUUUCUAAAAUAAAUUUGAGAUUCCGAACACAUCAACAUCUCGAUUUAAAGAUGGACAGUUAAUAAGCAGAACAACAAUUCAAACAAAACACCUUAAUCCAAGUCUUUGCUUCUGGCUUAAGUAAUCACCAAUGAAAUAUAUGAAGAAGCCCAAUCUGAUGUCAUAUGAAGCCUUUUAGCCCGUCUUGCCUUUUCUCAAAGCCCACCCCAAUAUCUCUGGGCUAUAUUAUAUAUGGGUUGUAAUGUGUUUUUAUGUUUGUAGAUUCAAGGCGACGCCAAUUCGGUUCCAUCCAAAAAUAUUUUCUUAAAAUCCAAUUUAUACGGUUCAAAUCUGUUUAAACUGUUCUUAAUCAGUUCAAAUCAGUUUAAA